AUGGCGUCUCCCACAGAAAACAAUGCCUCUGAAGUACAGACCUCGAAGGCGAAACCUCCAGUAGCAUAUGAGGAGUUUGAAGACUGUUUCGCCUGCAGAGCCACAGGUUCCGCCGCGUUUAUCGGACUCGGAGUUUACAGCUACUAUACGGGCAUGUCCAACUUACAAAAACAAGAACAGUCAAUCAUGCGGAGUGCAACAAAAUAUAAAAUGGGCUCUCGCCGAUUGGGAAUCGCGACUAUUUCUGCAGCUCUGGUUGGCGUGGGCGUUUGGCGGGCGUUUAAUUGA